AUGAUCCUUACUAAUGACGGAGAGUUGGAGAGUGAGGAAGAGAGAGAGGAAGUGCAAGAUGAGGAUGAUGAUGAUGAAGGUGAUUAUGGAGCCAAGGGGGUAAAGAGAAGCACAGUAAUUCUGUGUUUGAAAGGCAGAGAACAUAGCAGCUCAUCAGUUCCAGUUAGAUAUAUUCCUAAGAAUUCUUCAAAAGUUAAUGAACUUGAGAAAUCAUUACCUGCAAAGGGUUCUGAAAAGAGGGUAUUUGAUAAAAAUUUGAAUGGUUUCGGAAGAACUUCCAAUCUGAAUGAGGAUACUCAAAAUGGAAAGCAAACGUACAAGAAGGGUUUUUUACUUGAUCCACAACAAGCAUUUUCAGGUUUAAAAGAAGAAAUCAAUCAUGAUGCAAAGGUAAAGCUGAUACACUGUGAACUCAUGGAAGAGCCUAAGGAGGUGAUUAUGGAGACAGCAAUUGAACAUGAAAGUGUUACUUCUAAAAUGAAUGUGCAAGCAGGUAAAACUAUGCUAGAUGCUGAGAAGAUGGCUAUUGAAAUUCUUGCUACAAGAGACUUUGCAUCCAAGAAAUCAGUGGGCAACUGGUUUUUAGCUGAUGCAAUUAUGACCAGAUCUGCUGUAGUGAGUCAGGAGAUGGUUAGGAUUGCAGAAGUGGAGGAACAAAUGAGGAAUCUGCUGGAGGCUACUCAGGAAUGUUGA